UCACCCAACUGACUCACCUGGGUUUUAGAGCAGUAAAUGACUUGUAACAGAAAGUUAAACGCAAACUUUUUUUUUAUACUCAAACAGCACGAGAUAUUAUGUUCUCUAGUUGAGAAAUAUGACGAUUUCUUGGAGGAAGUGUGUCUUCCUAGUGGGGGCUUUAUGUGUAAGUGUUACUAUAACCAUGAUUAUGUAUGGACAAUACUAUGACCUGGACUUCUUCCACGACAGACAUGCAAACAGUCAAGACACAGAUUUUGAUAGCAUUUGGACUUGCGAUGAAGAGCUUUGGGACAACACCACAACAACUGGGGAAGAGAAGCUGGAGGGUUUGUGUCCUCUGAGAAAAGCAGUGAAGAAGGACGACUUCCUCAGACUACGCUUUAACUUUAAAGUGCCUGUGCUGCAGUGGGCCGGGAGCUUCAGCCAUUCAGAGUGGGGGCGAUUGGAGACGUAUAUGCCCCCCUACGGCUGGAAAGGCCUGGCCCAGGACUUUGUGAGAUCCACUUUGUCCCUGCUCAACGACUCGUCCAGCAGCCGCCUGUUUGAGCGCAGGUGGCCUGAUCAGUGUGUCCGCUGUGCUGUGGUGGGAAAUGGAGGCAUCCUUCGAGGCUCCAAACAAGGCAGGGCCAUCGACAGUCACCACUUUGUCUUCAGGGUCAAUGGGGCAAUCACCAAGCACUUUGAGGAGGACGUGGGCACAAAGACAUCUUUCUAUGGGUUCACCACAAAUACUAUGAAGAAUUCCCUAAAUUCUUACAGAAAAGAUGGGUUCACCAAGGUUCCACGGGGACGGAGAGUCCGAUAUAUCUUCAUUCCGUCCAACGAACGGGACUAUGUGAUGAUGUCCGCUGCUAUCCAGGGUCUCACUGUCACCUCCGGUCAUGACAAGGGGGACUGGCCCUCUCGAUACUUUGGAUUUAAGCCACCAGUUAAGCACUUUAAAAUGCUUCAUCCAGAUUUUGUUACAUAUGUAACGGAAAGGUUUCUGAAGUCUCCCCUGCUGAAGUACAGUCAGCUCUACAUGCCCAGCACUGGUGCUCUGAUGCUUCUGACCGCCCUGCACAUGUGUGACCAGGUGUCUGCCUAUGGUUUCAUCACAAAAAACUUUGCAGACUUCUCUGACCACUACUAUGAUGCUGUGAUGCUGCCCCUGCGCUUCUAUGCCAACCACGACAUGCAGAUGGAGAGCUGGCUGUGGGAGGUACUGCAUGCACGAAAAGUAAUGUCACUGUACAAGAGGACAAAAGUAAAAUGAUGGACACUCAAUUGUCUUUUCAUGUGAAAAGCCUUCCUUGAAAUGCUGUUAACUCUUAUCUUUGCCAUGGAGGUAGUCCCUCUGAAGGAGUGGCUGCUGGAGUUGUGUGGCAUCCCUUGUCAUUAGUCUCACAGCAACAUUAAAGGCCUUUGACGGUGUAAAGCCAA